AUGGAACCGCUCACAACCCCUGAUUCGGACCGGUUCUCCAAGGCCUUGGGGCUAUCCUUCAUUGGCUCGAACACGACGGGGAAGAUCUGGUUGUUUGUGGAAGAAGGAGCUACUUUUGAUAUUGAUUGUGAUACGGAACAAAUCCUACAUAGGCGGCUUAUGUCUCACCGGCUUACUAGCCCACUAGCUAUCUCGGCCGUGUACGCCAAAUGCACAAGGUCCGAGAGAUACCCAUUGUGGGAUAGGUUGAGAGAGAUUGCGGGGUCCCUCGAAGGAACACGGUGGAUUGUCGGUGGUGACUUCAACACCAUCCUCUCGCACCGGGACAGAAUUGGGAGCGACACCAACCGGCAAGCCGAGAUGGUCGAUUUCGCGAAGACAAUUGAAGACUGCAAGCUCCUCGACCCCGGGUUCGAUGGGGCGGACUUCACAUGGGCCAAAAAUGGUCUCUUUGAACGAUUGGAUAGAGUGCUCGUUAGUGAAGCUUGGACCAGGGUCUUUGAGGCCACUCGGGUUACGAACCUCCCAAGGAUUGCCUCGGACCACGGCCCAGUUCUAGCAAGAUGCAAGAUGUCGAUCUCUACCAAUGGAGGCAAGGCGUUCAGGUUCCUAAACAUGUGGAUCCGACACGAGGCUUUUUUGGCUGUUGUACAGAAUGCAUGGGAGGAACCCACGGGGGCUGGGGGACUUUUAAACAUCCAAAUCAAGCAUGCUAGAGUUAAAAGAGCUCUAAAGAAGUGGAACAAAGAGGUUUUCGGGAACAUCCAUGCGAACCUUAAGGACAAGGAGGAAGCUAUCGAGCUGGCCUAA